AUGGCGAUAGAUGUUCUGUCACCAGAGAUCCUGUUGACAAUCCUGGAACUCCUCACUCCACUUGAUAUCCUGCGUGCAACUCAUGCUUCCGCGCUUCUACACCGCACCUUUACGGCCUAUAAACACCAUCUCCUCCGACACACUCUCCGCGAAUCCAUCCAUCCGUCAUGCAGAGCAGACCUCUACACCGCGCUAGACGCCCAGAGAAUCCCUCAACUACUCAAGGCCGGUGAGACGCUCACUAAAGUCAAGGUUGAGUGUUUUUCGCUUUUCUCCGCCGACCGCGCUCGCCGCCGCCAGAGUCAUCAUGAACUUGAAGUGAACGACGACAAACUGGAUAUGCUUUUCUACCUCCAAGCCGAUAUCGAAUGUCUGAUCGAUGCAUAUUGUGACUGGUCCUUGAAAAACCUAUCUUGUCACCGAGAAAAACCAUCCCAAUAUAAUUCAACCAACAGCCAUCCAAGAUCGAACCUGUCGCCCACCGAAGUGGGUCGUCUCCAACGAGCAUUCUACAGAUGCGAGGUAUACACAAGAUUUCAACGGGUAUUGAAUCUUCUUGGAAAGGCAGCCGCCUUGAACUUUUCGCAGAUUGUUUUGAGCUUCGUCUCGCAAUUCACACUGUAUGAGUUUGAGGAAUUUGUCUGCAUUCAACAGUUCAUCGCACAGUUCAUCAGAUCUAUAUGGGAAAGAGUCGAAGAUGAUUUCUUGUCUUGUUUCCAAUCAAGCGCUGCCGGCUCCAGCAGUGAUACAAAAGACAUAGGCAAACUCCUCGACGGUUCUGGCCUUUCAUUAUUCACGAAGUCAUACAGAGAAAAUGACUAUUCCAGCUUCGUGAAACAUCUCAUAUCGUGUGGACUACCUUACAUUCUACAUCUGAGUCUUAUGGAGGCUCAAAAGCUUAAGAAUGUCAUUCUCGAGUCAUAUCCUGAUUGGCGGGGGUUCGCAGGGACCGAAUUCUUCUCCCAGGGCGCUCUGGAUCUGGAUUCAUGCAGUGAGAAGCAGAGAGAAGUUCGCCUCCGCGGAAAUAUUGUCGACAUAUCUGAAGAUACGCUCGAUGGCCCCAACUUGGGUUGGAAGUGGGGGACUAGUUUCCAGGAUUUUGUCAAAUGUGAUAGCCCUGCUUUGUUUGACGUGCGGGAUCGGGGGUAUGUAUUUUGGGAUCGUGAGAGACUUCAAGAGUCGGGCAUGGUUAAUGAGCCGGUUGUGGUCUGUGUUGGCGCAGAUUAUCUCCCACCUGGUCAUAAUGGUUCUUUCUUAAGGUCAAGUGUCGAAGAAAGGCUUGACGGUUUCGAUGUUGAUUCCGAAGUUCUAAGAAAAUGGAAGUGUCUAUAG